UUUUGCAAUAAUAUUUCAUCUUUUUUGUUUUAGUCUAGUUUAAAAUAAUAAAAUUGCGAGGAAACAUUUGUUUCUAGCGAUUAAGAUUGACUGUCAAGUGUCACAAUAUAAAUAAACAAAUAAUUACCUAGGUAAUAGGUUUUUUAGUUAUAUUGAAUAUCUAAAUUUCAAGUCAUUGUGUUAUUUUCUUACUCUCUCUGCUGGGCGAUUGAAAAAUAAUCAAGAUUUUCAUUAUAAUUAAUUUGCUCUUAUUUUCAAUUGAAAUAAAAGCAAAAUGCGCACAUUUCAAUCGUUUUAAUGUCCCCAAUUGCAAAGAUAUUUUUCAUUCCUUUUUUACUUUCCAAAUUUUUUUUUCGACAGCAAAGCGGUUAAAUUCCCAACGCGCGUGCCGCCAUUCACUGCCAAACAGUGUUUAGUUCGAUCAAUCGCCGCACCCAGUGGCGCCGUGAAGGCCAAAACAGUGCAAUCAAUGAAUGGGAGACUAAAAUUUGAAAAGAUUUUAAAGAUAUUUUUGAAUUUCAUCCCAAAAAAGGUAUGAAAAAUUUAACAAUAGUAGAUGUGAAUUAUUUGUUCAGUAUAUUUUGUUCCAGGAAUGAUAGAAUCAGCUAAAUUGGUAUUAAGUAUUUUUGAAUGGGUAACUCCUUUGCUUGCACUGUUUGUUACUUUCGGUUCCCACUCUAGCACUCCACUGACGUAAACAAAUGACAAUCGAGACGAGGUCCAUUCGGGAAAAUAUAAUUAUUGUGAACCAAUACAACACGAGCCUUCGUUAGGUUGCGAGUUGUGCAGGUUUUAUUCGAAGUACAUGACGCUUCGCCCGAGUGUGCACUGUUACCUGACCAUCGCGCGUUGCCCAUUAUUCUGAAUAUUUCUGGUGGUAUUCAUUGAAACUUGGUGAUUCCUUAGCCAUGGUGCGGAACUGUGGCAUCAAAAACUGUAAAAACAACAAGCAGAACUGCCCAGACAAGAAGUUUUUCCGGAUACCUCGAAUUCGUACGAAUGCCACAUAUGAGAUCGAAUCGCUGUCACUCAAAAGAAGGUUAGCUUGGAUCGCGGCGUUAGGGAAGCCCCCUAAUGAACUGACUCUGAAGAAAUUGGACAACACAGACAUAUGCCAGGAUCAUUUCGUUUCAGGAAAACCGGCCGAAAUCAGGGAAAUGACUGACGUAGAUUGGGCCCCAUCAGUGAAUCUUAAAAUCGAAGCGCCUGAAGUGAAAAAGGACUUAAAGAGGAAAAGGCUCUCCUUGCGCAGCAAGCAGCAAUCUGAGAGUGUCGACAACGACAAUCCAAUGUACUUGCACGGCUUGGACCACGACUUCCAGGAGUCUUGCGCAGCGGAAAUCAGAAGAGCCCAAGAGACUCUAGAAAUCGCAGAAAAAAUUGUGACUGAAACAGCAAGUGGCGAAAACAACGAGAAUCUGCUUGAUGGAAAACGAGUAGCUAUGAUUCAGAGGUCGCCGGCGCUGAAGAAGAAGAAGGCCCUCAUUCCGACCGAGACGAACAAAGAAAAGUGGGAUGAUUAUUUUAGUAGCAAUCCUUUGAAGCUGGACAUGGAGACCACUAGCAAUCCUGAAUAAACAAAUGCAUUAAGAUUUCGUGAUAGUAAUUUCUGCAUUUUUGUCUCAAGCUGGAGACGACCGUUUAACCUAUGGAAUAGUGUACGAAAUGAAAUUUUGUAUUUUGUAACCUUAUAAGUAUUAUGACACUCUCCUAGUUCUUCCUAAUUUGUCUGCAUUCCUCAGAGGAUGUUUGCUUAAAUCGAUAGUUUUAAGAAUGACUUUAGAGAGAAUUAUUUUUACACAAUAAAUCCUAAUGCAUCGUUUGUCUUAA